AGAGAGAUGACUCCACCUUUUUCCAGUCACACUGAAGGGCUGGGUCACAAUCGAAGAAAGAUUUAAGCGGAAAGGAAGAGGAAGCGGGGCGGACAACUUCACACACGAGUUCAGCGACCUUAUCUGACUGCUCUCGGUAACCUCCACAGGUUGGUUUUUUUGUAGCUCUCACUUGCGCCUCAGAACUGUUUUGAUGCAUUUGGACAAGUUAUCUGGUGACUUAAUGGAGCUUAGCUAAUUUCAGGUGGGGGCUGUUGAGGGGGGGCGCGCGCCAUCUAUUCACGCGGAGUAAUAUUUGACUUAAGGUGGCUUGACGAAUUGUAAGUGUUUUUAAGUUAAGCAUCAUAAACCUAGUUCUAAGACCAUACUUUACAGUGAUCUUACGUUUUUUUUUAAAUUGUGGUAGUUCACUGCUGUUUUUAUCGUUAAUAAGUUAUGCGUAACCCUUGACCUCGUGCCCGCUGUCAUGCCCUAAAGUGUGUCCCCUGGCUGGUUCAGUUAGCUUAGAAAUGUUGGGGCUGUUGAUGCUGUCGCCCGGUUUCUGCACGCCUCUUUAAAGUUGUACCUGUGCUGUGGACAAAGAGCUCCUUGACAGCCGGGGUGUUGUGCCGUAGAUUGCACCCCUGCCGUAGAACGCACCCCCCUGCAUCCCCUCCGCUCGUUAGCUUCUUAAAGUAGAAGAAAAUGGUCUCAUAUUUAGAAAAAACAAGAGUAUUAGAUCAUGACAACAUGUCAAAUGGAGCAGCAGACCUUUGUUCUGUUUUUAUGUGUCUCAAAAAUGCACAUAUAGAGGUGUACUUGGGUGUAUAAACUGUACAGUAAGCUGUCAAGUUAGAGAACAUUAUAUUUUCGGGACAGCAAUAUUCCGAGGGCUAUUGUUUUAGCUUAUAUGAAUAGCCUGAAUGAAAUUAUUAAAAGCACACGCUUUUGAAUCCAUCCAAUAUAAGGAAAACUGUAUAUUAUCUCGCCUUGAUAUGUACUUUCAGUACCGCGCUCCCGUCAGGGGGUGCAUUCUAUGGCAGGGGUGCAUUCUAUGGCAUAACACCUGACAUCCUCCGCACAGGGGGUGUUGUAAAUCUGCUCGUUUGAAGGUAAACUGUCGAAGUAUCGUCCAUCUUUCUCGACUGUCUGUAGCUGUCAUAAGGUAGACUUUAGGGCUACGACAGGAAAAUUACAAACUGUUGUGUGUAAUGUAGCUACAUGUUCAAACAAGUGGGCUGAAUUGAUUUGAAUGCUGAUAUACAACGUCAGCCCUUUUUGGAAAAAAGUGAAACCAAGCUGCUGAACAGUAAGUUCGACAAAAAUGCUUAAAGGUUUGAGGAUAUCAUAUAUUAAUACAAUUUGUGUUUUUAGCAUUUACAUAUUCUUUAAAAGCAACAAAGCAUGUAGGCUAUGUUAAGGGUCACUCAAUGUUGUCGCAUGAUAUUAGUUUAAGACAAAGUUCUAUACAACCAUAAGUUGAAUCUAAAUUAUAGCCCAUAUUGUCAAAUGGAAUCAUUCCUCAUGAUCCUACUUAAGUUAUGAUUCACGUUCCUCUAUCACUGAAUUUAGCAACAUAAGACACAUCAAUGUCUUGCUCAAUUUCCCACUUAACUGCAAUUCACUACAAACCACGCUCCAUUCAUGCACAACAACACAUUGGUGUAAUCAUAGUUUGAGGCUAAAAUUGUAGGUUUUCACCUCCAUAAAAUGUCAGAUAUGAUCAGGAUGUUAUAGUACUGCAUUUUAAAACUAGCGCUUAUCAUGCCAACCUGGCAGUCUGUGUACUGUGCAUCAGUAUAUUGCACAAAUCAAACAAGAUAGUGAUAAUGCAGAGUAUGUUGCUGCACCCUCAUACUAGCUGGCCCUCGUUUAUGCUCCCAUAUCAGAUGAUGGUCUACGAUGGUGCAUUAUGGUCCAUUUACUCUGAGUAGACAUGUAAACACUGGCAGUCACUAGCAACUGUGGGACUGAGACAAAGGCGCUCAAGGCCAAACUGUCCAGGUGCAGCUGUAGCAGUGUAAACACAGCAGCAGCAUUUCAGCAACAUCUUUGCAUGGAGGUCAAUAGUAGAAAUGACUAUAAGGCAAAUGUAGGCCCGCUGAUCGCCCAGUGGAAAUCAUACUAGCUUACUUUUACACAUUCUCUACUAAAGGAAACUGUUGCCAUUUGAGGUUUGUGUGUUUAUGCAGCAGUUCUGCACACAGUUGACCACAGUCUUCCCCUCCUAGUCACUGAGUAAAGUUAUUUUAGUAGGUAAAGGAAUAUGUAAGUCACACUGUUUUCCCUCACCACACUCUUCAAUCUAACGUGAUGUUUACAUGUAAGGGCACCUUGUCAAAUCACCAUGUCUGACAUAUCCAAGUCUGAGUGACUCAUUGCAGUGAAGCAGAAAGAAAGAUUCUGUCUGUGAAAACUUAUUGCAGCUCUGACUUAACACCAGGGAGUCGGCAAUGGGUGUUUGAACAUUGUUUAACUCACUGGCAGCUUUAAAAUCAUCAGCCCAGCCCUUUGCUUGUGGCGAUAUUUACUGUAGAUCUCAUUGUUGUAAGUUGAGUGAAAGGUAAUGAAAGUUAGUAAAUGUCACAGUGCAUAAAAAUAUGUCUGAGCUGUUAUGUAGGUUAAUGCAGUAAUCUAUAAGGCUUGAAGCUGUCUUAUGUAAGACAUAUGUAAGGCAUGCAGACUUUCUGCUCCAGAUGCUGUGGCGGUAUACUCUUUAAACGGCGUGACCUUCUUCAGCUCUCUUUGAACGGAUCACUAGCUCGCUGAUCUUUAAGGAGGCAGUUUGUAAUUCAUACUUUAACACUAUUGUUUUGUUUACCUAUGGGUGGAGAAGCUGCCAUACCUGACAAUCUGCAUUUCAUUAGGGUAAAUGUUAUGACAUUUUUGGGGGGUAAAUUAAGGACAUUUUUAUCUACAACAGCUACUCAGUUCUUGGCUUUAUAUAAUUUUAUGCACUUCCAAAUUUGACAUGUGCAACUUUUUUAACACAGUCAGCCCCCCCACCUUAAAACAUUUGCAUGGUGUGAGUUUAGAGGAAGAACUGACUAACUGUUCAUUAACUGGCCCUCCCGUUCACUGAUAACACCAAAAGGUGUAAUGACAUUGAUCGGGGCGUGGCUCAACUUUCAACAUGCUGGAACCCAUUUGAACCAGUGCAUCAUGGCCUUAAUGCACCUUUGCAUGAACUUUUAAUUCUUCACUGGUACAAAUAAGCAGCUCUCAUAUAAAGACUUAGUGUUAAAUAGUAUACUUUAGUGCUAUUUAUAACAACAAACUUUGAUGCAUUAAUAACAUUUAACUAGUUCCUGCUCUAAAACCAGUAGCAACAGUUUAUGUAGCUGGUUUAAACAUCAACGGCUUUGUUCCUCUUUGUGAUGGCCUCAGAUAACAAGCUGUUUAUUUUGACCAGUAUGUCUGGAAAAGUUGCUUCACAUUCAGGCUGAGGCAGUCACAGAUUUACUUUUCUUACAGAUGUUGAGUUUUUUUUAUGUAUUUAUUUUUAUUUCUACAGGCUUGUCUGCACAAUUAAGAAGUGUCAAAGCCAGUCAGGUCAAUUAUCUGACUAAUUGUCAUUUCAAACAGAUGCUAUAUGAGUUUUUGGAAAUGUAGAGCAAAGGUCACAUGUUAAAGAAAAGGUUAUUACAGAUUUGACUUGUGAUUGACUUUGGUGCAGCAAGCCUUUGCUUUGUAACUGAUUAGUGUAGUGAAAAUGGGCAUUAUCAUAUUUUGCACAUUUUUGCACAAGUUUUGCAUGGAUCUAACAAAGGGAAGUUCUUGCUGUCGUAGCAUUUGAGGUAUUCUUGAAAGACAUGGAUUGUGUCAUUCCAUUCAUGGUUAAGUCUUAUGUAACACCAACCUGCCUGUCAAGUCUAUUUUACACUUGCUCCAUUUAUCAAGUCUGAGGGUGUUCUGUUGAAGAGUUUGAGCAUAUUAUUGUGUGAGGCACCUGCAGGGGCAGACCGUAGACUGGACCUGAAAAAAACAAUCACUGAGGGGAAGUGAAUUGUUUGCACUUGAGUAAAUUUGUUCAGGAGUGAGUAAAAGAAGAAGUGGAAGAAAUGUACAAACGGGCCUGAUAUUGUAGUCCAGGUGGAAAACAAACAAACUGCAGAGGUCAGUUUCCUAAUUGACAUAAAUAAUUUGUUGUAAUUUUGCAUCAUAGUCACCGUUGAAGUGCAGAGUGUUUUUAGUGAUUCUGCAGGACCCUUCUGUUCACUUCAUUUCAUUUUCUCUGCACUAUAUGGUUUUAGCUACACACCCCUCAACAUAAUCAAUAUGAUCAGACAAAAUUUGUACUUUUUCCAAACCAUGUGAGGCAUUAAGACUUUUAUCUGGUGAUUUGGACAUUAUUUCUUGUGGUUUCCCCAACAUGACAUUACCCCGGCCAUUUUAGAAGACCUGUGAAAUCGUGAUUUAUCACCAGUGCAUAAUAGAGGAAAUGAAAUAGGCCUAGAAAUAGGAACAGCCACAGCAACAUUUCUCUCUUUUUUUUUAAAUGUACAAGCCAAAAAAGUAAAAGUAAAUAUUCACCAGAAUUAAUAGAGCAGCUUUGGGAAUCAACAAAGUUUUUCUUCGUCACCUUUGACCUACAUUACUUUUCUUAGCACUCUGUUAAAACUUCUUAUGCCAGAAAUAGAUUAUCUGAUUUUGGCUAAACUUGUAGCCUGUUGUUUGUCUGAGCAGUUAAGUCCAUGCCCUGUUUAACUCUAAUGUGCACAAGUACAGUACAAAGCUUAUACCACAGUUGUGAAAUAAACUCAAUUGUUUAUUAGUAAGGUCACAUUUUGCUUGUAGCUCAGGUAGGAGUCUGUAUUUCUGUAGCUUUCUUUUAAAAUAAAAGAUUCAACCAUGCAAUUUAACUCCCUCCAUGCUCUCUGCACCUGCAGUUGUUUGUGGCGUUCUGCCUCAGUCUGAGCUCAUUCAUGAAGAUGCAGACCUCCAUUGUCGUUUGUGGAAAGUUCCAGAAAUCUGAGACGUUGGUGGCUGAGACCUUCAGAGGUGACUGAGAAGGAGGGAGGGGCGUGAGGAGAAUGAGGCCAGUGUUGAACUGCAGGUAGGGGCGAUACUGCUCCCCCACCUCCAGCUUCACACCCACCCUCACCCAAACACAAUCAUGUCCCUAGGCUAGGCUAGUUCUGCUACAUUCCUGUGCUGGAGUGGGUAGUAACAGUUACUACCAUUUACACAGUCAGUCGUAAAGCUUUUUUUCUUAAAGAGCUUUUUGAAACGGGUGCCGAGAGAUCAGCAUGAUUCAGGUCACACUAGAACUCUUCAGGGUUUUACAAACUUAAAUGUAAAUGUUUUCAUAUGAAUAAAGGUGCAAAUGAGUUUGACGAAGAUAAGAAUAACUAUUUCAUCCCUGAAGGGAAAUUCUAUAGACUAGACUGUAAAUAUAAAUAAACUAGACUAUGCUAGACUUUGAUACAAUUAAAGGUUGAUGACAGCAGUAAAUAAUCUGAUUUAAUAUAAGCAUUUUACUUAGAGUGCAGUUUUGGCACAGCCUGCCCCUCGAUUAAUGUGACAAAAACUGUGACAGAUGGAUGUUUUAAUGAUGAUAUAGGAAUUAAUCACGCUUCUAAAACACCCAGGCAGAGACCAGCUAAUAAGAAUUUAAACUCUUAUCUAAAACAUCAACAAAUGACAGUGUAAUCACAGUGUAAGCUUAUACAUAAAAAACAAACAGUAUAUCAGAUUAUAUGAUAAUGCGUCGUAUUGUAUGUCCUACUGUCUUAAACACCACUGUGCUUGUUGGAUGUUGGUUUCACAUCUGCACAGUUCAGAGCAGGCUGUAUUUCAUUAUUCUGAUGGAGAUCCUUCACAUUCAAAGUUCAGAAAGUAGUAACUCUGUUUUAACUGAGAUGUCACAGAGCAUACUGUCAUAUAAACUGAGUAUGCUCUGGUAGUCUAGUUUAUUUAUUUUCCAUUAAAGGCUUCUCAAGGUGAUGAGUUGCAGAACAAGUUUUGAUUAGAUUAAGUUGUUUGAGGUUGGCAUGUGUCUGAAUGCAGCUCGUGUUAAUCUCAGUUUUUAUCUUGAGUCGCUGUUAUGUCAGGUGCAUCUGGACUGAGAAGACCUUAAGCUUCAGGUGACAGCGGAAGAGCAUGCCAACUCAUGCCAUUGUUUUGACUCGACUUAGUUUGUCAUUGCGUUCGCUUGUUUGGAAUGUGUGUGUAACUUUUUUUAACAUCCAUUCAGCCAAUGAUGUUUCAUUCUGCUUGGCACCGAGUCAGUCUUCAGACUGAUGGUGCGGCGUUACAAGAUUUUUGGCUUACUUGUUUUUAAAAGUCAAACAAAAUAAAAGCUUACUUAAAAAAAUUAGACCUGUGCUGCAAAAACAUUAGCAGACUGAAAAUACAUUUGUGGAUUAUGGUACAAGUUUCAGACCAAGAUUUUAAACCACUGUGACCUGAGGCGAGCCAUCAGUCUAAUCUUUUCACAGCUGAAGGACUCCACUGCCAAUCUUUAGUACAAGGACAGAUUAUUUCCCAUUUAUCAUUGAAGAAAACAACACAAAGUUCUCUGAACAGCUUGACCUGAGAUGGGUACAGCUGCAAGGCCUUGGCAGCAAAGUCAGACUCCUCACACCAGUGUGUGAUGUAAUGGAUGAAAUUCAGUGAGGCCUGAGGCUCACUUCAGAAAUACAACUCCCAUUUAUGCUCAUGUGUUUUAAAAUUUGACCUCAAAAGAACAAAAGUUUGGAUACUAGACGGGUAACCGAAUCCAGAGAUUGAAUACGUUGAGACAGCAGUGUGUCAAAUGUGGUCACAUUGUUAAGAUUUACCUCGUGCAUUUUAGUGAAAGGUGGAGCUAUGAAGUUAAUUGAUUUAUAGUCUACGCUGGGCAGAUUCUUUCAGUUUGGCAGUGCGCCCGGGAAGCCAAAUGUAUCAGCAAACUUUGUCUAGUCUCUGGAAUUUUACCUCACAAACACUGUGCACAAAAAAACUGUUCAAGGAAGAUAAUAACCCGCCUUUCAUUUUUUACGUAGAGUCUGAGGAGUUAGAUGGGUUAUUCUCUUACUGGAGUGAUUAUUUUCUGCUAUUUGUGAUCUGUUAUUUGAAGUGAUUUUUGUACUUUCACUUUAUUAAUUCAACAGUUAGAAAUUAUUUUUCUCACUCUUGCCAUAAGGAUGCAUAAAAAAGUCUUCUUGAUAAUGAUAAAAAUUUCCAUUCAUUUGACUUUAUUUUCUAAUUUGGGAAAAACCAAUAAUUCCAAUUAGAGUGAGUUUACCUCUCUCCCAGUUAGUGUCCACGCCUUUCAGGAAUCACCCAUAUCAGCAGUCUCUUUAGAAACCACCAUAAUUGGUAUUUCCGUCUGUGUUGCGUCGCUGGUUUUCGAGUCGGGGUGUUGGUUCUGCAGGAUGAGAUGACUAUCAUAUUUGAAAUGGCUCUGUCAGCAACUAUAUAGUAGAGUAACAUGAUCUAUUUCAGUGUCAGGUGUGUUAAGGUAUGUGGAGGAAGGGCUAAAAUGCACUUGAUGAGUGCUGCCACCACUACCACCGGGGGCAGAGUGACAGGUAAAACCAGCCCGGUCAAUCAGAUACAAAGUUACGCUGAGGAGAAGUUGAAGCAUGACAUCACUGCUCCGAGGUUAACAGAUGUUUCUGAUUACAAACGUCAUUUAUGAAAAUAUGCUUUAAAAAGCAAAUACAGGAUCCCCCCUGCUGCUGUUUGUUUACGUUUGACUGCAAGUCUCUCCAAGUGUGAAUACUGUUGUGUACAUUGAUUAGAAAUUAUGAGAAGGUUGUCCCAUUCAAAAAUCUGAAGAAAGCAGAAAUCAUGACUAGAUCCUAUUGCGCUGUAGUUCUCUGUAUUAUGUUCUCUUGAGGCUAUUUGCCUGCAUCUUUGGACUUAAUGAUCAAAAGGCAGCAAAUCUAACAAUGACUAAUAUUGUUACUGAAUUAUUGGUCAGACACCUUCAUGUGAGCCACCGUGAGAUCUGAGUUACUACUUUUUAAACAGAGCAGCACCUCCUUACAAAGCACACUUGGAAGAAUUGAGAGUGAUUACAUGAGUCAUCUCAUCCAAUUGCAGCAAUUAUAUUUGUCUGCUAUUAUGAUAACUCUACAAUCCUGUGUAAACAUCAGGGUUUGGGACCAGUAAUGAUGCUUCCCAGCUUUUCCGUACACUAACAGUUCUGCUGCUUGUAAACUGUAUACGUGUACUUUGAUUUGAAGUAUAUAAAGCAGGGAUUUGUAUAAGGGUAGUCUUUAAGUAGCAACAGUUGAAAAGCUCUGAAAGAUAAUUGAUAAAAAACUGAAAUGAAACCAAACUUUUCCUGACUCGUUUCAAACAUUAGAAUCCUGAUAAUAACUGAACAAACAGCGAGAGAUGGAAGCGGGUUUUGGUUAAUGGGUGUCGGCCGGGUAGAGAGCCAAUAAAUGCAUAACAAUGGCCCCCUUUACAACAACAGAGUGUCCACUGAUUUCUCGCCCGCUGCUGGUGAAUAAUAUUAUCAGCCCACCCCUAACAGAAAACUUCGAGGGCUGCUCCACUGUUGUGUGUGUGUGUGUGUGUGUGUGUGUUUUCUAUGCGUGUGUUUCAGGAGGUUGAGGGUGUGGCCAGGAGGGUAAAAGAGGGGGAAACUGCAGCUUGUUACAGUCAGGGCGGCGGCUUCAAGGCAGCGAGUCGCAUCUUUCUUUUCAGGAGUUUGCCAGUGAGGGUUUAAACAGGGGCCAUCUCACUCUCACCCCAGUUGUACUCCUGCGCUCGCCGUACACAGUGCUCGCUCUUGCUCUCGCUCUCUCUCUUUCUCUCUCUCCUCCCCUCCCUCUCCUUCUGUGAGCGAGUUAUUCAUCCACUGUGUGAGUCAGGGAGGGUGGGGAUUUGGAAGACUUCUGUACCAGUCACACUUUGUCAGUUAACUUUCUCUCUCUCUCUCUCUCUCUCUCUCUCUCUCUCUCUCUCUCUCUCUCUCCUCACUCUCUCUCUCCUGCUCUCUUUCUGCCUCUCUGUCUCUGCUCUGCUCUUCUCUCUCUUCGCUGCUGCCUCAGCCUGCCCGCCCGCCCGCCUGCCCGCCUGUCCUUGUAAUUCACGGAGAAGCUUUGCCAAGCUCCGAACGAGGAAUCCACAUUGGAUUUGAUGAUUUAAGGGGGAAAUUCUAGUCUUAAAAAGGUAAGUUGCUCAUUAAGGUGAACUAUCUUGUGUGAAGUCUGCCCUCACUCUGGGCAGCUCAGGGUUUUUUCCAUUUUUUUUUUUUUCCCAGGGGAAAAAGUUUCUUUUCUUUUGGUGUCAAAGGGUCUCUUGUUGCUCUUGUUGGAUAUUUCCUUUAUAUGGAGGACACUUAGCCGCCUGUUUGACUUACUGGGUUCCUGGUGUCAACUGAUUUUUGUUCAUCAUUAACCUCUACUCGGUGAGCGUUAGCUCCGUUUUUCCAUCUCUAUGAUUCAUUGACACAGCCCUCAUAGGAAAUAACCCCCCUCCCUUUCCACCCUUUCCUUUCUUUCCCAAUCGUUCUUUUUAAUCUCCCUGUUAGAUGUCAACCAGUCACAUCCUUUCACAGGUUUGCUUAGAUUGAACGAGUGGAUAUGGUUGGACAAACAACUUGUUUUAGUGUCAAAAAACUUUAUUUUGCCGAGACACUGGGAAGGACUGUAAAUCAUGAAUAUUUCUCUGGAGAGGGGGACAGACGUCAUCGUCUUUGGUUAGGCUGGUGUUUUAAGCAGUUAUGCGUAUACAGCUUAAUUGCUUCACUCUGUCAUGGGGAUAUUACAGCAGCAGACGCGUUGUGGACCCCUCACACAGUUAUGAGGAAGUUCCUGUCCCUGUGUGGAAUUACUGUAAGCAAUAUGAACUACAAGAACCAGAAGAGUAUGGAGUCAAGCAGAGGUUGAUUCAGACCACUUCUAGUCCAAAUUGUGUGGGAAUGCACGGGCCUUUUAAUUUGGUCGAGGUUUACAGCUGCAACGUCUGAGGUCUCUGAUAAAGAUAUGCUACUAGCCUAGAGAAAUGGCACUUUGUCAAAGCAGUGAGGUGCAUUAAUCUUGUUUCUGUCUCUUUAAAGGAAAACUUUUCUUUUUUUUUCUUUUUUUUUUUGGCUGAACUGGUUUGAUAAAGACUCAUUCUCAUUUCUUUGUGGACUUCCAACUUACCUGGGUCUGAGGAUAAACAAAUAUAUAUUGUCUCUUUUUGUUCUUCUUAGUAAUGUCAUGAUCAUAAGACUUACCACCCUGACAGGCACACUGAGUUAAGUCAUUAUUCAAUAUUCCCCAAAAAUAUCACGCCAAGUGAGUCACAUGCUGCAUAUUCCAUCAGUGCAAACAUGAAAACUGGGAGAUUUAGAGGACCUUUGCUCUAAGUUUUUGGAUUUGUGAAUAAUCACCUUAUGCAGUGUAACUUUUGUAUUCGAAAGAGUAUGUGAACUUUAGGAGUGGCUCUUAGUCCUAAUAAAACUGGAUCUAUCAAGAACUUCUUCUAAACUUUUCCUAGAUAACUCAGAACUUUUUAAACCGAGAAAAACUCCCGCACACUAAAUUGAAGCCAUGUGAUGCCACCACAAAAUACAAGCUCACUGUGUAACCCAGGUAUGACCACUAACCCGAUCAGGUGAUCGUUUAACUGUUCAGCAUUUUUCCUCAGAACAAGAGCGGCUCUUCACCACAGUCAUGAUGACAUUCUUGUUGAAAAGUGAGGUCCCUGCCGUAACGCCUCAUCAGCUGUUCAUAAACAACCACAGCUUUUUGUGUAAGAGAUUUUGAAAUGUCUUGUAUCUGAUCUGUUUCACAACUCCACCAUUUUCCACUUUGGGGGUGAUAGCACUGAGGCCGGCAAGAAGACGAAACUCCAGCUGAAGUCGGUGUCUUUUUCCAUUAUGGGCUCAACAGGAGGGGGAAAUCAGUCAGUGUUGCCAAGGGCAGCUGUCACAUAUUGACGAGAGACGUUGAACUCAAUCACCUGGAGGUUUAACGAGGAGAGCGACCAGGAGAGAAACCGAGGCGUUGACACGGCCUUGUGUAUAACGGUUGAAAAGCGGAGCUAAGAUGAGAAAACUGCAGGAGAUAUCUGUCAACAAAGGGAGCAGGAAUUUCCACUCUGUCAAAUGUGAACAAUUCUUACUGUAGAUCUGUGCUGUUACAAAACUACUUCAAAUGACACAAAAUGUAUAAAAGUUACGGUGAAAUACAGAAAACUUUGUUUUUUCCUUGCAGUAAAACCGAACAAGAAAGGAGAUUAACACGGGCAGACAAAAGAUUGUUUUGUCGGCUGAUUAUGUUACGAAUGCUAAAGUUCAGUAUCAGUUUUUUCCAUGUUAAGUAAUUACUUUUGAAUGGUUUGAGUUGUUCAUUGACUUAAAAGUUUGCUGCGAUUUUGUGCAACAACAAAUUACCAACCCGGAUCUUAACUUCAGCUUAUACUAAGAAAAACUGCAACCCUUUGUCUCACACUAAAACUGAACUUUAAACUGGAAUCUUUUUCUUGCAUUUGUCUUGAGAAACACCUGAGCGAACUCCACUCCCAACCCUCCACUCCUCGGCAUGAAAUUAUUAGCUUUUAAUUAUAUUGGCUUAAGGAGGGCCGUUCUUAAGUCCUCAGGCGGUGAAAAACUCACAGCAUUGUAAGUUACACACCAAACAAUAGCUGCCUCUGGGUCCAGUGUUGUGUGAAGAGACCGCACCCUGCAUGUCCUCUACUUUGUCAAUACACUUUACAGUUUACACUUGAUAUGAAAGGCCUUAGUCAACAGAAACGGAGCAGGUCUGAAAACCAUAGUAACAUUCCUGUCUGCGCGCUGCAAGUUGUGGCACUUUCCAUUGACGAAACACUCCACACCUGAUUUGUAAAACGAAUAGGUCUUAGUUUGCAGUGUUAGUUUUUUUUAAAAGGUGGUUGUUGCCACACCAUGAGGGGUCACACAUGUUGUUUGAAGUGAUUUUGAUGUCAUUGUUAAGACGUUGCUCUUUGUGUCAGAUCCGUUUCAGGGGGAGACUCUGAGGAAAGCAUUCUGGUGUGAUCUUAAGCAAGGGAAGUGCAGGCCCAACCUGGGUUGAGGCACGUCCUCCCAAAGAGGAGGCUCCAUGAUUGUCUUCGUAGAACCUCUUUUCUGAUAUCAGGCCAAGUAUGAGGUGUUCGUGUUAAGGCCACGCAUCUUGGGAUUUUUUUGUAGGAGGGUGUUUGUUUGGGAAAGGAUGAGCUGCUCUCAUGGUUAUUGUGUUUCAGUCCUGCUGAAUAAGGAAAUGUCUCAGUAGCUCCUCCCGGGAUCUCCAGAUUCACAGAGACCCGGGCAUGAAUAAGACGGUUUGUUUUGCUUUUCCCUGUGCAGCAAGUAUUCCUGUUAUCCAUUCUUGAAUUAAUGCUGUUAUCUCUGUUCUGGGAAGCACCACUCGAGGAAAUUUCAUCUUUAUUUAUCAGCUAUCAAGUUUUCUAGUAAAUGAUUAGAGCAUAUAGAGGAGGCUCAGAGUCUUUGUUAUACACCUGACUGGAUGGACCAGGUCUGAAUUUUAUCUUCUGCAAAAACCUGCCAAAGUCUGUUUUCUUGUAUUGCGUGAAUAAAUAAGUUAGUCUCCCGGGCUUGAUGAAAGGUUUCCUGCUGUUUGUCUUUGAUGAAGUCAUGCUAACUUUAAUCUUGUUGUUUUUUGCAGAUAAUUGGUCAAUAGCACAAGAUGGCAAACAUGAUCCGGGAGAUUAAGGAGCUUGGCUCCCAUGCCGUGGAUAUCUAUGACUUCCUCUUGGCAGGACUUGGUAGGUGAUAUGCCUGAUUUGGGACAAAUUGAUCACUCUGAAUUUUAGUUAUUUACUUAAUCUGGUUUGUCAUUUUUGUGCUGUAGAUCCUCGGUUGAAGGACUAUCCACUCAUGCAGAGUCCUAUUCCUAUGACCGCAAUAUUGCUGUGCUACCUUUUAUUUGUACUGUACAUUGGACCUUCCAUUAUGGCCAAACGCAAGCCCUUCCAGCUUAAAGAGGCCAUGAUAGCGUACAACUUUUUACUAGUGGCACUGUCAGUAUUCAUCGUCUAUGAAGUAAGUUAAAACCACAUUUGUUAUGCGUUUGAUUUUUGCUUGUUGAAACUUUGCAUACAGCAUGGUUUAAUUUGUGUAGCCUGAGAUGAAUUUGCAACUCAUCUAAAGACAACUUCUGUUUAUAGAUCUGAAAUUUAACUUGGAUACGAUUAAUAGUGUCUAAACAAGUUCUUGUUUCUCAGUUUUUGAUGUCAGGAUGGGCUACGACAUAUACCUGGAGAUGCGACGCAGUUGACACCUCUAACAGUCCACAAGCCUUACGAGUAAGCUCUCAUGUUUUAUACAAAACCUGGUUAAUAUAAAGUCAAAUUGAUUUCAGAAACUUUAAGUCUGCUUUGAAACUAAGACUUUGUCCUCCUCUCUAGAUGGUCCGGGUUGCCUGGCUGUUCUGGUUCUCCAAGAUCAUUGAGCUCAUGGACACAGUAAGUUCAGUGUAUCUUACAGGAUGUCAGUUUUGGUCACCAUGGCAGGGCUUUAAGUAACUGAUGUCCUCUCCCUGUCAGAUGUUCUUUGUGUUGAGGAAAAAGCACGGUCAGAUUACAUUCCUGCACAUCUUCCACCACUCCUUCAUGCCCUGGACCUGGUGGUGGGGAGUUGGCUACGCUCCAGGUGAGUUAAGAUCACCUAAAUCAUGUCUUCAGAAAAGAGGAGGAUGAGAAAUGGAGGAAAAACGGCAGGUGGUGGGUUUAGUGUUUUCACUCCUGGGUCUAAACAAAGUAUGAUAAGUGCAAUUAUCAACAGUAUCUCCUCUUAUUGUAGUGUAAAAACACAAUUUAUGAUGUCUAAUUAUUAACAAUUUCUUCAGUGUCCCUUUGAAACUCCUCAUUGAUCUUGGCAGCCCUUUCAUGCUGUCCGUACUAAUAGAACAGUGAAUACAGAGCAGAAGUACAGAGUUUGACCCAAAGAAACAAAAACAGGAGAAAAUCUCAUACUGGCUUUGAAGUAUUUGGUGAAAGAGUGAGUUGCACUCUGAAGUUGUAGAGACGCCAAGUCACUCCAGGAGCUAUUACAUAAUGUUGCUUUGAGAAAGCUUGUAUAAGCUACUUGUACAGUUCCUCCUUCUGUGUAGUGUGACAAGAAACAAAUUAACCAAAGUUCUGUUACAAAGAGAGUUUUUGAUGAUUUUAAGGUCAGAUCUGUGUUGUUUACUCUGCCCUUAAAAUGCACUAUGUUUGUGAUGAUUCCCACAGGCGGGAUGGGAUCUUUCCACGCCAUGGUGAACUCUACCGUUCACGUCAUCAUGUAUUUCUACUACGGCCUUGCUGCUGCUGGACCACGCUUCCAUAAGUUUUUGUGGUGGAAGAAAUACAUGACAGCAAUCCAACUGGUAAAUACACGCCGUAUCUUGCAGUUUUGCUUGAUAAUAAAAGGUAGUUUGCUGCUUAUGUAAAUAUCAGGGCGGUGUAAUGUAGAUUAAGUGUGUUUAUUUAUAGCCCUGUUUCAGCUCUGCUCAUCUCUCACCAGGGUAUUUUAGAAAUACCAAUGUUAAUGACUGUUACAAAGGCAGCACUACAAACUCCUCUACAUUUAUUUACAGUACACAUUGGCUGACUCUUGAUUUCCCCCCCCCAUCAGAUCCAGUUUGUGCUGGUUUCCCUCCAUGCUACCCAGUAUUACUUCAUGGACAGCUGCGACUACCAGUUCCCCAUCAUCGUCAACCUCAUCUGGAUCUACGGAACCUUCUUCUUCCUGCUUUUCUCCAACUUCUGGGUCCAGGCUUAUGUAAAGGGUAAGAGGCUCCCCAAGCAGGACUUAAAACCGGUUCAGAACGGCACAGCUGUCUACACCAACGGCAAACACCACGAGAACGGCAGCAACCAUGGAGCCACGAACGGCACCAGCAACGGCUCCACUCACCACGAGAACGGCAGCGCUCACAUGGGCAAGAUGAAGAAGGCCUAGGACAUCUGGAAGGAAACACCCAAGGAGAAUGACCUGGAGGAGCUGUUAAAACUACUACGUGUUCCAAAGAUUAUUUUGGCUGUGUUUCUUUUCCUGUUUUUUAGUUUUGUAUGCAAAACAUGGGGAAAUGACGUGGUCAAUGAUUUCCACAGUUGGGGGUCACACAUUUGGUUGGUUGGUUUUGUUUGUUUCUUUACGUUGGGAAACCAUCCACAAAACACAAUGUAUGAAGAGAAGAUGUUUUGCCCAAGAUGUUAUCUUCACUGAUGUUGCACACAAACUUAUAUUUCAGUAUACACCAUACCUUUAAACUUAUUUGAGCCCUGUGUCACUCAGACCUCCUUGUGGACAGAUGACUGUACAGUUUCUAUCAAACUUGAAUAUACUUUUUGUAAAUAGUUUUACAGCAAACAACUAAUUGUAUUGGUAUGCUUUAGACUUUCUAAAACUUAUUCAAUUGUAUUUAAAAAGAAAAAACUAAUUAAAAUGCCAAUAAAUUCAGUUUUUAAAUUAUCUUGUA